CACAAGUCGUAUUUGCAUAGGUAUCUAGGCGCUUACAGCGAGUUAAACUUGUAUCGAGCCAACGUUCCUCUGUUUCUGGAGCAGAUACAGGGCUUAUAUUUUCCAUCCUUACAUUACUCAAUGCAUCUCCCACUUUUGCCUCGCGACGAUCCAGUCGUAUGCGAUCCAAACACACGCACUGUAUGGAGCAUUCUAUGGAGUUGUACUGCGACCAUCUUUGCAUGCACAUGGGUCUCCGUUCAUCCUAACGUUCCCGGGCCCAAGCUCAUCGCCCAUGGAUGGUUCGUUCGGGGCAUGCAGAGAUUGAAGCUGAUGCUUCUCGCUAUCUUCUGUCCUGAAGCGAUGAUUAUAUGGGCUUUUCGUCAAUGGUUCGUUGCGCGCAGCGCUAAACAUUACCACCUUUCAAUGACACAUGGUUUCUUCUUCAGCAUGGGAGGAUUCAUCGACAUGAAAGGGUGCAUUGCAGAAUGGAAAGACCUUCAGAUAAUUGCACCUGCUGUCUCAGAUUUCAAGAAAGAGGAGCUUCUGGACCGAAGCAAAGGCGAUGCUUUAUCGAAACUAAUCUCCCUUCUUCAAACAACUUGGUUUAUGGCAUAUUAUGCUGCUAGAGCUAUCCAAUCUCUUCCCAUUACCCAACUCGAAAGCGCGACACUCGCUUUCACCAUUCUUAAUUUCGGCAACUACAUCUUAUGGUGGCACAAGCCGAUGAAUGUCGAAGUCCCAGUUCUACUAAAAGGUUUCGAUUUUUCCCGUUCACAGUUUGGAGAUAGUCUCGUCGAAACUCCCAGCUACAAUAGUGAACAAUGGGAUGCUGCAGAUGAAAUGGCGGUUAUAGCAACGAUAAAUCAAACCACGACAAAUGAGACUGAAAGUUCCCAGUGCACCCGUGAGACAUUGUGUUUCCAGGUUAUGCUUACUGCGCUUUGUGCCAUGGCAAAACAUGUAGACAUCCACUACGGAGCAUUCAUUGGUGCAAUCAUCAUAGGCCCAAUGGAUGUCUCUCAUAUGUUGUGGGAUGGCUGCGCACGCAGAUUUGGCAACCUUGGCCCCUAUAAAAGACUGUACAUCUUCUAUUUUGGAGCUUUGGUUGGUGCUAUUUUCGGGGGAAUUCACUGUAUUCCAUGGAAUUCCGAUUUUGGCUCAUACACAGAACAUUUACUUUGGAGGAUUUCUGUGGUAACAACUGUAUGUGUACCUUUGUUUUUGGCCACUCAUACACAUGCGAUGGCAAAUUUUUAUAUUCACAUGACUCCAUCUUUUGGAUUAUUAGGACAUAUUUUGACACAAUUAUACAUAUGUGCCAGAGUUUUCUUACUUGUAGAUAUUUUCCUUUCACUUCGUUCACUUCCUCCUGCUGCUUUUGAAGAUGUUGAUUGGACCAAAUAUAUCCCACACUUAUGAUUGAAUUUCACAUAUUACUAUGUUUAUGGACACUACCACUUCGUUCUUGCACUGCAUAAAGAAUGGACAGACAUUACAAUAUUCUACAACCUGAGAUACUCAGUAAUGUAGUGUUCACAUUUGAUGGAAGCUCUAACAUCUCAGACCAGCA